AUGAUUCAUGCUGAACUGACGAAGAUGGGUUAUAUCGUGGCUUCAAUGGUCCUUGUUUACACUGCCACAUUCCUUUGUGUAUUGAGUAAUCCUGGAGUUGUCAAUCCUCAAUCAAUAAGAGCAUACCCAUACCAGCCAAAUCAGCUCAUAUUUUUUCGAGAUAACAAGUGCAACACGUGUCAAAUGGUGAAGCCAGCACGAUCAAAACACUGCUCGGCGCUAUCGCCGCAAUUGACACGUUUAUCUCAAAUGUGGAGUUUGAUCACGACAACAACAGAUGCAAAUAAAGUCACGGGAGUCUUUUUCAUCCUUUGCACCAUUUUCACGCCAAUUGUUGCCAUCUUCACUGGGUUGCACUUACGGUAUAUUUACCUAGGAGUGACCACCAACGAGUUGGACAAGUGGGGUGAAAUUGAGUAUCUUGUUGAGCUAGGGCUGUUGUACAAAGUCUCACCAAGCAUAGACAACGAGACUUUUGUUGAGAAAGCAAAAGAUUCAUCGGGGGCUAUUGUUUACAUAAGCUUAAAAGAUGAGUCAAUAUUGAUACUGGAAGAAGAUGCAAUAGAAGACAAGUAUAUUCUCACACCAGUUGAGUCAGUAGUUGACGAUUUGGUGAAUGACUACGAUCAAGGUUUUUGGAAUAAUUUCAAAAAUAGAGUACUAGUGUAG